GCGGAGCACCCGGGGGGCUCCAUCCUGCGCGCGGGCGCGUUCGCCAGUCGCUGUUUGGGACGGUGGGUGCGAGGUUGUUCGGUCUCUGCUCUCGUUUCGCUGUCACAGGUCGUCCCUUUCCAGAGACUGGGACAGGCUGGGCGCGCGCCCGGGUGUGUGUGGACGAGACUCUGUGGAGAGCUGUCUCCUCGUUUCCUGUUUUUUCCUUCCUUUUUCCAAAGAACGGGGCAGUUCGCACACUCGCCAUCCUAUACCUCAGUUGGGAGCGGUGUUGGUGUGCGGAGUGGUGCGUCUUUUUUUUAAAUUUUGAACUUGUGAGCGCUUUUUUUUUUCUUUUUCUGUUUUUAGGCUCUGUGCCGUCCGGGCUGGUUUCUCAGGUCCCUGAGUAACCGCUUUCUGCCCCUUCUCUCGCCACCCCCGCCCAAGGUCGCCCCUCCGCCCUCACCUCUAGCCCCAGAGGGUGGGAAGCUUUGUCCCCGCCCUGCCCACCCGAGUGUCUCUGCAGUCGUAGCCGCACCUGCCUGAAUAUGAAUGGGGUCAACGACCCACUUCUUUUUAUAAAAGAUAUUAAGCCCGGACUGAAAAACUUAAAUGUCGUCUUUAUUGUCCUGGAGAUAGGACGCGUGACCAAAACCAAAGACGGCCAUGAAGUGCGAUCGUGUAAAGUAGCAGAUAAAACGGGCAGCAUCACUAUUUCCGUGUGGGAUGAGAUCGGAGGUCUCAUACAGCCCGGGGAUAUUAUUCGAUUGACCAGAGGAUAUGCAUCCAUGUGGAAAGGAUGCCUGACACUUUAUACUGGAAGGGGUGGUGAACUUCAAAAAAUUGGAGAAUUUUGUAUGGUUUAUUCAGAAGUGCCAAAUUUCAGUGAACCCAACCCAGAUUAUCAAGGACAGCAGAACAAAGGGAGUGAACAGAGGAGUAAUUCCAUGAAUGGUAAUAUGGGUACAGGUACAUUUGGAUCAAUGGGAAAUGAUAUUCAAAUCGGUCCUGAAUCAAGGGGAUACCAAUUUUCAUAUGCUGGUAGAAGCAAUGGCCGGGGACCUAUAAAUCCACAGUUACCAGGAACAGCUAAUAAUCAAACAGUCAUGACCACAAUAAGUAAUGGCAGGGACCCUCGGAGAGCCUUUAAAAGAUGACCGAUGCCAAAUACUCACAUGUAGUUUUUAAACUACAUGCCCUACUUGAAUACUUAUUGCACUUUUAUUUAUUGUUAACUGUGAAAAGUAUGUCCUUUAUCGUUUCCUUUUAUGUUUUUGGUUUGCUAUGAAGAGUGGUUUGUUUUUUAUAGCAAAAUAGUUAAGCUGCUCAAGUCUCCUAUUGAAGAAUGGGAACAUUCUGAAAAAGUAGGGGCUUAUUUUUAGAGCAAAAAGACUGUUGGAUAACCUCUAAAAACCCUGCACCCAUUUCAUGGGUGAAUUACUUAAGAUACUAGCUUUAUGGCCUCUGUGAGUCUAUCUUCUGUAUACAUUUUGUAAUAUUUAACAUAAGGCUUAGUGGAAGAAAUUCUUUUUCUUGAAUAUAGAUAUUGUCAACUAAAGCAAUAACCAUCAAAAAA